AUGGGCAUGCCUUUAUGGACGGGGGAUCCACAUAAGAUCCUCACGGCUCGGGAUGACGAAGGCCACUCGCUGUUGCACUGGGCUGCUCUGGUGGACGACUUUGGUUUUAUCGAAGCGUUUUGUAACCUACCAGACUUCGACACUGUUAUUGGCCCGGAUCCUAAGGCUAGUAACCUACAAACACCCCUCAUGUGGGCUAUAAUAAAAGGCAACCUCAGGAGUAUGGCCUCCCUCUACGGUAGAGGCGCCUCUUUGGCUGCCGUUGAUUCCCUCAAGGCAAAUGGCAUCAUCUUGGCGUCUCAGCACAACCAGCUAUUAGCAUUACUACUCCUUCAUUAUUGGUGCCAACAACAGGGCGAUAUGAGCCCUUUAUUCGACCAGCGUGAUCAGCUCGGGUGCUCAGCUGCUCACUGGGCUGCUUACAAGGGGUAUGUGAAUAUCCUGCGCUACCUGGACUACUUUGGUUUGCUACUUGAUGAACAGGAUAACGAAGGGAAGACGCCUUUGCAUAGAGCAGCUAUCUCUCAGUGGCCGGAGGCAUGUGAUUUCCUCAUAGGAAAAGGGUGCAAUCCCCUUGCCCGAGACAACAAUGAUGAAACACCUCUAGAUAUCGCGAGGAAGCAUGUGA